CGCUUGUACAAUAGUAACAAAUAACAGGCAAGCGCCUCCUGACAACUUGGGAAUGGAAUGGAAUGGGGACAGAGAAAGCGAAGGGCUUGACAGGCGCCUGACCAGCGCCCAAUAAUUUGGACGAGAGUCUAGACACACACACGGAUCUCCCGCAACGAGGGAAAGAAUUGGUUACUCACACCCUUUUAAAAAUACUCGUAUCCUCUAAAUUAAUCAUUUCAGGAAUCUUCAAACAUAGCCGCUACGUGGCGAAUGAUGCGUGUUUUGUAUGCUGGAACCUUGCCUCGCCUCAUGAUCCAGGCAAAGAUCGUCCACUGCUAAGGCAAAGGAACAAUACCGCCUCUGCCCGCUCCUUGUCAUGUCGACUCGCUCCACAUCCAUCCCGCACAGAACUUCAGUUUCGUCGACGACUUCUUCACAUCCCUCGCAACCAUCUCAGCACCCUUCACAGCGCUCCUCUCAGACACAUCCGCAUCCUCGGGUCCAACCACCGCUCACUGCACAACAACUUGCCGAACGUGUCAUCUCCCCCUCCUCCGUCCUCUUCCCUCCAGGCACCGCCCCGCCCUCAAGGCUGCAAGGCCGACGAUCAUACACAGAUAUGGAACGGAGACAUCCGAGUUCCUUCCAGCAGCUUGAGAAGCUGGGUGAGGGAACGUAUGCCACAGUCUACAAAGGCCGCAACCGACAGACGGGCGAACUCGUAGCCCUCAAAGAAAUCCACCUCGAUUCAGAAGAAGGCACUCCAUCGACAGCUAUCCGAGAAAUCAGUUUGAUGAAAGAGUUGAAACAUGAAAACAUUGUCACGUUAUACGAUGUCAUUCACACCGAGAAUAAAUUGAUGUUAGUGUUUGAGUACAUGGACAAGGACUUGAAGAAGUACAUGGAUGCCCGUCCAGAGAAUCGAGGACAGUUGGAUCCGCCAACCAUCAAGGGCUUCAUGCGAGACUUGUUACGAGGGACCGCGUUCUGCCAUGAGAACAGAGUGCUUCAUCGCGACCUCAAACCCCAGAAUCUGCUCAUCAAUACCAAGGGACAACUGAAACUGGCUGAUUUCGGUCUGGCAAGAGCAUUUGGUAUUCCCGUCAACACAUUUUCGAAUGAGGUGGUGACUCUCUGGUAUCGCGCCCCUGAUGUCCUCUUGGGCUCACGAACAUACAACACCAGUAUCGACAUCUGGUCUGCAGGCUGCAUCAUGGCGGAGAUGUACACAGGCCGUCCAUUGUUCCCCGGAACCACCAAUGAGGAUCAGCUACAGAAGAUUUUCCGACUGAUGGGUACACCGUCUGAACGGACUUGGCCUGGAAUAUCUCAACUACCCGAGUACAAGAGCAACUUUCCUUCCUUUGCCACCCAAUCAUUAGGAAUCUUGCUGCCCCAAGUCGACCCCCUGGGGCUCGACCUGCUAGGGAAAUUGUUACAACUACGCCCGGAGAAUCGCAUUAGCGCGCAGGACGCUUUGAGGCACCCGUGGUUCCAAGAUCUUCCAGACUUUGCCGGACAAGGCCGGGCUCAUGCUGGUGCUACCAUGCGUCAGCCAGCACAGCUAGCUCAUCAAGGAGGAGGGAUUGGAGGAUAUGGAACACAGCCAGGUAUGGUGGCGCAGGGCCCCUACUAGGACUGGAGGCUGCAAAAAUGGCUAGUAGGGUCAUAUUAUCCCCCGGGCAGAUGAACAAGGAAGCAAGGAAAGGUGCAAAAUUGGAGAGAAUGGAGUUGCCUCAGAAAGCGGCGCAGGCAUGUGAAUCAAUUGUGAUACCCUUGGAGCUACAGGAGUGUAUGCCAUAACGAUCACUCAGGAUGAACGGAUGGCCGAUAUGCAAGAUAUCGUGUUUUCUUCGAAGGUAUGAAGGCUCUCGGUGUCGUUUGAGGGGUUUGAACGCCGGAUAGCAGUAUUGGAAUCAUGAAAUGAAAUGAGACGUCUGACAGCGCGAUAAUUCUACUAGAAAAGGAUUGCAGCAACCUGUACGGAGUUGUGAUCACCUUAUCCAAGAAAUCUAUUUUUGGUCAGACCAGAUAAUUUCUACAACGGGCAUGUCGGGGAUAUUAAUGUUCGUUGGACAAAUUUCAGCGGACCGUAGGGACGAACUAGUGCUCCUUUCGGCUUCCCAACAGCCAAAAGCU